UAGCUCGCUGGGCUACCUGCAGCACACACGCACGCACACAGCUGCUAAAGUUCCCUCACAUCCAGGGCCGUUGCUGCUGUUUUUGGAUUUGCGGGGGCCAUUUUGGGGAAGAGGCUAGCUUCGGGUCGGGGAUGCGGUCCAGGACAGAGACAUCCUGGCUAACCGAACCCUCUCUGGUUCCGUCGGGUUUUUCCGGGGGGGCUCCGGCUGAUGCAUUCCUCCUCCCCGUCGUCCCCCUCCUCCCCUCCGCAUCUGCCCUCCCCACCCCGCCUGCUAAUUUUUUAUGCAUUUUUCUAAACUGUCAUGGCGAUUUUGUGUCCUUGGAAAUAAAAAGCGGCGGCGUUUUUUCGGGCUCACCGGGGGGAUGUCUCGCCGCUGAGAGCGUCGGUCCGGUGCGGGAGCAGAUGCAGUUAAGGCGUAGAAGAUGAAAAUACACAAGAAGGACAAGCAACAGAUGUUCAGUGGCCUUCUGAAACACUUGCCAUCCUCGGCCUCCUCUGUAGCAGCCUCCUCCUCGGCCAGCGAGCAGAACAGCGGCACACAGACGACACAUCCCACCAUCCCCCGGGGACACCUGGUUGUGGGCACGAAGGACCAACUCCGCCUCCUCGCCCCUGUGAGCAGCACAACCAUGUCCAAUCACUGCGCUAAGUCCGCGGCGGGAGCUCCACGACUUCCCUCCUCACUGAGCGAGGAGGACGACGGAGGAGGCGGAGGCAGGGUGAGGAAGAAACGCAAGAAAAAGGACAAGCGGGGACAAGGACAGUGCGAGGAAAGGGUUAUACCAAAGAAGCGAAAGCAGGAAAGGGAGGCCACGCUGGUUACACUGAGCAAGAGCAACAUUCCCAAAGGGCGAAGGGAGUGCAGGACCAAGGGCAGGGGGCGCACUGCAGACGGUCCGACGGAGCUCAAGCAUGUUGCCAGGCGGAAAGCUUUGUGUGGUCAUGCCACCGCAGGCCCAGCCGUGGUGCCUGUCAAGGUGCCUGGAAAACGAGGAAGAAAACCCAAGAUCAAAAUCCUUCCUCCUCUUCCUGAUAAUCAAGCAUCCCCCCUAAAAAUACAAGGCCCGCCCCACGCUAACCUAGGUCACGGAAAUAACCACAGCCAGGCCAACAUCAAGACCACAGUCCAGUCAGCCCCCAAACAGAGGGGCCGCAAACCAAGAGAUCCUGGAGCCGUGCCGGUGGAGAGGAAGAAAAAGGCCAAGAGAAGAACACAGGCGGUAGUGAUCCCAGAGGAUGCAGAGAGUGACGACACCACCUCAUUGUCAGCCGUCAACACGGGCGGCGAGGAUAGCCAGGACCCCCUGGACAGCGCGAAACGGCGUUCCGGUCGUCAGGUCAAGCGUAGGAAGUACAAUGAGGAUUUGGAUUUCAAAGUGGUGGACGACGACGGGGAGACGAUCGCAGUUCUGGGAACUGGUCGUAUCGCUGCACUCAAUGCUACUGCGCUGGCGUGGCAAGCAGAGGAGCCGCCUGAGGACGAAGCCAACAUUAUUGAGAAAAUCCUUUCCGUGCGAGCUGUCAAGAAGGAGACGUCGCCAUCCGAGGACCAAGCAGAGGAGAUGGAAGAGUUUUAUGUAAAGUACAGAAACUUCUCAUACAUGCACUGCAAAUGGGCCACGCUAGGGGAGCUGGAAAAAGAUCCAAGAAUCCAUCAGAAGAUAAAACGCUUCAGGACCAAACGAGCACAGAUGAAACACCUGUUUACUGAGCCUGAUGAGGAUUUAUUCAAUCCGGACUACAUAGAGGUGGACAGGGUGCUGGAGGUGGCUGUUACCAUGGACACAGAGACUGGAGAGGAGGUGACCCACUACUUGGUGAAGUGGUGCAGCCUCUCGUACGAGGAGGCCACCUGGGAGCUACAGGAGGACUUGGACCCUGAGAAGAUCAAAGAGUUUGAGGAGAUCCAGAAAGUACCAGCAGACUUGCGACAUGUGGAGCGUCCUCCCCCUGAGAAGUGGCUGAAGUUGGAGCGCUCCCGAGAUUACCGCAAUGGAAACCAGCUGAGAGAGUAUCAGUUGGAGGGGAUGAACUGGUUGCUGUUCAACUGGUACAACAGGAAAAACUGCAUCUUGGCGGAUGAAAUGGGUCUGGGGAAGACCAUCCAGUCCAUCACCUUCCUGUACGAGAUUUUCAGCAUGGGGAUCCGCGGCCCCUUCCUCAUCAUUGCCCCCCUGUCCACCAUCACCAACUGGGAGCGUGAGUUUCGCACAUGGACGCACAUGAACGUCAUCGUGUACCACGGCUCGCAGAUCAGCCGACAGAUGAUCCUGCAGUACGAAAUGUUUUACAGAGACCCACAUGGUAACACCGUGCCAAGCGUCCUCAAGUUUCACGGGCUGAUCACCACUUUCGAGAUGGUCAUGGCUGACUGUCCCGAACUGAAAAAGCUUCAGUGGCGCUGCGUGGUGAUCGAUGAGGCCCACCGACUGAAAAACAGGAACUGCAAGCUCCUGGAAGGACUCAAACUCAUGAACCUGGAGUACAAGGUUCUGCUUACAGGAACACCUCUGCAGAACUCAGUGGAGGAGUUGUUCAGUUUGUUGAACUUCCUGGAGCCGCUGCAGUUCCCGUCUGAGAGCUUGUUUCUGGAGGAGUUUGGAGACCUCAAAACGGAUGAGCAGGUCAAGAAGCUUCAGGCCAUCUUGAAGCCCAUGAUGUUGAGGAGACUGAAGGAUGAUGUGGAAAAGAACCUUGCUCCAAAGGAAGAGACUAUCAUUGAGGUAGAGCUGACCAACAUUCAGAAGAAAUACUAUCGCGCCAUCUUAGAGAAGAACUUCUCCUUCCUGUCCAAAGGAGCAAACCAGCACAACAUGCCAAACCUCAUUAACACCAUGAUGGAGCUCCGCAAAUGCUGCAACCACCCAUAUCUCAUAACUGGAGCAGAGGAGAAGAUUCUGGACAGCUUCAGGAAGAGUCACAGUCCAGAUGUGCCUGACGUUCAGCUGCAGGCGAUGAUUCAGGCAGCUGGCAAACUGGUGCUGAUUGACAAGCUGCUACCCAAACUGCUGAGCGGUGGCCAUAAGGUCCUGGUCUUCUCCCAGAUGGUGCGCUGCCUUGACAUCCUGGAGGACUACCUCAUCCAAAGGCGAUACACGUAUGAGCGCAUCGACGGCCGCGUGCGAGGGAACCUGCGACAGGCUGCCAUCGAUCGGUUCUGUAAACCAGAUUCAGACCGCUUUGUUUUCCUGCUGUGCACCAGAGCGGGAGGGUUGGGGAUCAACCUGACAGCGGCAGACACGUGCAUUAUCUUUGACUCGGACUGGAACCCCCAGAACGACCUGCAGGCUCAGGCGCGCUGCCAUCGCAUCGGCCAAAGCAAAGCGGUCAAAGUCUACCGACUGAUCACGAGGAAUUCCUACGAGAGAGAGAUGUUUGACAAGGCCAGUUUGAAGCUGGGACUGGACAAAGCCGUCCUCCAGGACAUCAAUCGCAAAGGGAACCUCAACGGGGUGCAGCAGCUGUCCAAGCUGGAGGUGGAAGAUUUGUUGAAAAAGGGGGCGUACGGCGCGCUGAUGGAUGAAGAAGACGAGGGCUCCAAGUUUUGCGAGGAGGACAUCGAUCAGAUCCUUCAGAGAAGAACCCAGACCAUCACCAUACAGUCUGAAGGGAAAGGAUCAACGUUUGCAAAGGCCAGCUUCAUCUCUUCCGGCAACAGGACCGACAUUUCUCUGGACGACCCCAACUUCUGGCAGAAAUGGGCCAAGAUUGCAGAAGUAGAAAUUGACUCUAGAUCAGAGAAGGAGUCACUGGUGAUCGACACCCCUCGUGUGAGGAAGCAGACGCGCCACUACAACUCUUUUGAAGACGACGAGCUGAUGGAGUUCUCUGAACUGGACAGUGACUCGGAGGAGAAGCCAUGUCGAACACGUCGCUUGGGAGAGCGCAGUCGUCGCUACCUUCGUGCUGAGUGUUUCCGGGUGGAAAAGAACCUGCUCAUCUUUGGGUGGGGCAGGUGGAAGGACAUCCUAAACCACGGUCGCUUUAAGUGGCACUUGGCAGAGAGAGACAUGGAAGCCAUUUGCAGGGCUCUGCUGGUCUACUGUCUGAAACACUACAAAGGUGACGACAAGAUCAAAAGCUUUAUCUGGGAUCUGAUCUCACCCAGCAAGGACGGACAAGACCAGGAGCUCCUCAACCACUCAGGUUUAUCAGUGCCAGUUCCUCGUGGUCGUAAGGGGACCAAAGUGAAGAUUGGGUUGAACGAUCCAGAGUUGAAGAACGCCGACUGGCUAGCCCACUGUAACCCGGAGGUGGUGCUGCAGGACGACAGCUACAAAAAACAUCUGAAGCAACACUGCAACAAGGUGCUGCUGAGGGUGAGGAUGUUGUACUACCUGAAGGUGGAGGUUCUGGGUGAGGCGGCCAACCAGGCUGUGGAGGGCGUGGCUGCCAGUAAAUUGGACGUGUCACUGCCGGACAUCGACUACAUCGAGAUUCCAGCUUCGUGGUGGGACGUCGAAGCAGAUAAGUCUCUUCUUAUCGGGGUCCAUAAACACGGCUACGAGCGAUACCACGCCAUGCGAGCCGAUCCGGACUUGUGCUUCCUGGAGAGAGUCGGGAUGCCUGAUGUCACGGCGCUGUCUGUUGAGAUGGGGGGAGGGGAGGCGUCUUCCGACAUCACUGACAGCAGCACGGUCAAAGCAGAAGACGCCAGUGAGAGCAGAGGGAACAAAGCUGACGGCGGAGAUGUUUGCGACGAGAGCAGCAAGGGAGAAGAGACCAGCUUUAGUACGGAUGCCUCUGACAAGCCGGACAGCACUUUUCCCGCUGACCUGUGCGCCCAGGACGCCACUUUGGUCACAACAACGGCAGGGACGGGAACAGGGACCGGAGUGGCAGCCCUCCACGUGGUCCACGCCCGACCCCUGUGGCCCACGGGCCCCGCGUUGACGGCCCGUCUACGACGUCUAAUCACCGCCUACCAGCGCUUCACGCUGCGCCGUGAGCCCCUGCUGAGGCCAGACUUCCUACUUCACGACGGCAUGGUGGGCAUGGGGGUGGCCGCUCACGGACCCCACACUGAGGGGCCGCUAGCCUGGCAUCUGGGAGAGGAGCUGAGGCGGUGCUCUGUGGCUGCCGCAGAGCAGGAUGCUGUUUUUCUGGAGUGGCAGAGAAGGUGGACUCGUCGAGAGCAAAUGGACUUCUACCGCACGGUGUCGUCGUUUGGUGUGGUGUAUGACCCCGAGAGGAAAGUCUUUGACUGGUCCCAUUUUAGAGUUCUGGCCCGACUGGAAAGGAAGACGGACGAGAGUUUAGAGAGAUACUUCAACUCCUUUGUCAACAUGUGCAGGACAGCAUGCAAGCUGCCCCCCAGGAAAGAAGAAGGUUUGGUGGAUCCCACAGUGCUGGUGGAGCCGCUGACAGAAGAGAGAGCAGCUCGAACUUUAUACCGCAUUGAGUUGCUUCGCAAGAUCCGAGAGCAGGUUCUCCGCCACCCGUUACUCUCGGCCCGUCUCCAGCUGUGCCGCCCUUCCCUCUACCUUCCGGUUUGGUGGGAAUCUGGCAAACACGACCGGGAUCUCCUCAUAGGCGCAGCCCGCCACGGCUUGAGCCGCACAGACUUCUACAUCCUCAAUGAACCCCAGCUGAGCUUUCUAGAGGCACACAGGAACUACGUGAGAGGGCGCUCUUCCCAUCUUGUCCCUCAAAGUCAUCACCAUCAUCCCGCCAUCUCGUCCUCGCAGCAGCUGCCCGCCCCUCACUAUUGCCUCUACGAUUCCACACUCGGUCGCCACUCCCCUCAGCCUCCGGAAUAUCCACAUCAGCAUCACCCUGCGCCUCCGUCAGCUCCCUCAUCCACCUCCUCCUCCUCUUCAGCUCACCUCCAUCCUCCUCCACCGCCAUUGGACACCCACGAGGCGGCCUCGCCAGGCCUGGGAAUAGUUUCGGGUUCUCGCGGAGAUUUCCUAGACUGUCCUCCUUUGGAUGAGAGCCUGGAUCUUGGCUCGCUGCAGCAUGACACCAUGGCAGCAGAUGCUCUGCAUGGAGGGAAAGCUUCCAAAGACGCCCUCAACGGUUUCCCUUUCAACUCGGCCACAGGGGGUCAAAGCAUGCUCAACUCCUAUGGAGUGGGAGGAGCGGACCUUCACUCCAAAUUGAGGAGUGACGUGCUGGUUGGUGAGCAAGGCUCAUCCGAAGAAACGGGGCUGUUGGCACCGUCAGUGGAGCUGGGCCAGUUGCAGGCUCCCUGGGAUGGGACGGAUCACUCCAGUCCAGCUCACCAUAUGUUCAACGAAUCCGACCCCAUCCUCGGUCCGUCCGCCCUGGAGACAGGCUUCCUGGAGGAGGAGGACGAGGAGGCUCCCAGGGCAGAAGAGGGAGGGGACAGUGGUGGAACACUUGAAGAUUGUCUGGGCCUCCCUCCCUCAUCCUCACCCUCUCACCCCUCAGCUGCAGACUCUGUGGAAUCUUCCAGCUACAUGCUCUUCAAGGACAUCGGCGUGAGUGAAGAACCUGGAGUGGAUCAGAACGAUCUGACGGCAAGCCCGCUGCCAGCCUAUAUCCCUCCUACCCCGCUCUCUCUACCUGACAUCAGUGAUCAUGAGCCUGAGGGCGAGCUUUCUGUGGAGGAGGGGGACGGUCAAGAGGGAGGAGUUGGCUUCAAACUUGACACCAAGAAAGAAAAACACGUCCGGGAAAAAGAACAAAUUCUAGAAGAGGAGGAAUCAGAUCAAGGUGUGGAACAAAGUUUGGGAUCUAUGCGUCUACCUACUGUUUUGCCAAACAUGGACAUGGCUGACCCAGAACCUGCUUUGAGAGAACAGGAGGAUGCGAUCCAAGUGUGUCAAAACCUCCAGCAGAACUUUGAGCGGGGCGACAAUAAAGAGGGCAACGUUCUCCCUUAUCUUGGAAAGCUGGAGCAAGAAGGGCGUCUCAUGUGUCCUAUUGAGGAGGUGGACACAUUAAUGUUGUAUCAGACCGCUGAAGAGGAGGAGACCAUAGCAAACUCUAUCGACUCUGAAGCAUUGAUGGCGGACGAACCUGGAGAGUUCCUCCAAGAUGAAGGGAUGGCAGAAGGCUCCAGAGACAAUGGUCCGCUGGUGAACAGAGAUCCUGCAGAUCAAGUGGACAAGAUCUCCCGGGGUCACAUGGAUCAGUAUUCCUUGAUUGAUGGUGCUGGAGUCAAGGUGGAAGAGGUUCAGAAUUGUAACAAUGAAUAUCAGAACUUAUCUGAGGACUGCAGACAGAAUAACAAAUUGGACCAAAUUGACAAUGAUGCUCGUCUGCCUGCCGCUAACCAAUGCUCCACUCAGUCAGAAAGCCACAACGCGGUGAAAGACCAGCAGCUCUCAGUCAAACUGGAGGAGACCAAGACAGAAGAUGAAGGUAUUUUCCCUCAAAUGAGUUUGGUUAAGCCUGAAGAUGUUGAAAUUAAAGCUGAGAGGUUAGACCCACCCCUCAAAGCAGAAACACUGGAGUCCUUUCCCAUCAAGACAGAGAGCUCCGCCAUUAAACAGGAAGCUCUUUGGCUGACGACCGACACAAAGCUGGACAUCUGCGAGGUCAAACCUGAGGACAAGUCAGAGCCGUUGGAGUUCAGCGCCCCACCCAAUGGCAAAGCUGAGACCGGGCAGGAAGUUUUAGAGGCCGACAGCACGGUACCGACGUCGAAGCUGGAGCAGGUCGACGAGCUGGUAGAAGCAUCCGAGACGCUAGAGGUGAAAGGCCAGGUGAAAGAGGAGAGGUCCAACUCACCAGUGCCGGGGGUGGAAGACUUUGCAGGAAGUCCCAGGUUCACUGCUCCUUUUUCUACAUGUGAGCUCCCUGACAGCCUCAAUGACAUCAGGGAGCCCACCAUCGCCCAGCUCUUACAGGAGAAAGCUCUUUACUCGUACUCCGAUUGGCCUAAGGACCGUGUGAUCAUCAACCGCCUAGACAGCAUCUGCCACGCCAUCCUGAAGGGCAAGUGGCCUUCCUCCAGUGACCAGUACGACUCUCCGGCCUCUUUGGCCGCCAGCAACUUAGCCCAGCAACACUUGCAGCGCUCAGGCUUCCUGACCAACGUGCCGGGCCAGGCCAGGAUACAGCAGGCCAACCCAGGACUGGCCUUUUCCAUCUCCCCUACUCUGAUGAGACUCCCCAAGUACGUGCCGCGGGGCGGCGGGCGCGGAGCUUGGCGCCUCACCUCCCUCCCUCUCUUGCAGGAGAGACUCGUGGCCCCUCCCUACCUUCCGGAGAUCAAACGAUCCGGAGGUCGGAGGUCAUUUGACUAUGAAGCGGUGGCGGCCGCCGCUAAGGUCUUAGCUGGCAAGACAGCAUCGAGCGGUGUCUCUUCUUCAGGCGGUGGCGACUCUCACCGCGACAUGUUAAUUAAUGGUUGGCAGGAAGCCGCCAUUGACCUCAGCAAGUCGCCGGGAGACGUGAGCGCCGGGUCUGCUGAAGGUGCAGCUGUGCCUGGAAUGGGCCAGCGCGGCGCUCACAAGCUGCCCCCGCCGCCUCCCAUCACAGCCCCCCUAGCGGGCCAAGCGGGAAUCGACAUGGCGGGAAUCCUGCAGGCCGGACUCAUCCAUCCUGUGACGGGACAAAUAGUCAACGGCAGCCUGAGGGGAGACGACUCCCUGAGGAGGAGGAGGGGCAGGAGAAGAAAUGUGGAGGCGCUUUAUUCCGAGUUCACCAAGGCCAGGCUGCAUUUACCAGACACCACACAGAGUCGUGUGGAGGUGAUCAGCCACUCCUGUGUCUCCUCCUCCACCUCGUCACCCUCCCCCUCGUCCUCAGAGCGCCCUGCCGCCCCUCUUACGCCGUCCUCCUCAUCUACGCCCACGCCCACGCAGACGCCCCCCCAGCCAGAUACGGCGACCAUGGAGCGAGAGGCAUCCGGCAAAGGUUUGAUGGAGUGGCUGAGACAGAAACCAGGAUACAGUUUGGAACUGCCUUUUACUCACGUGGGAGCAGGGGUCUUACACGGUCUGGUGGAGCGUCCCAAGCAGAGGAGGCAUCGCUGCAAAGACCCCACCAAGCUAGACGUCAACACCUUAACAGGGGAUGAGCGCGUUCCCGUGGUGCACCGCGGCACUGGACGCAGGCUGGGGGGCGCCAUGGCGCCAGCCAUCAAAGAGCUGUCCAGGUGGUUGGAUGCUAACUCGGAAUACUUUGUGGCUCCCGACUGGUCUGAUGUCGUCAAACAUUCUGGCUUCCUUCCAGAGGGAAAGUUCUCCCGGAUCUUGACAGAACCAGUCAGCAGGGACACCGCCUCCCGGCGACGUGGACGCCGCCCUCGCAGCGAGAUGCCCAAACCCCUCCUGGCUGAUUCCUCGCCCUCCGGCCUCGGGCCCCAGCUCUUCAUGAAUGGCGGGUUAAUCGGCAGCAUGGACUCAAUGGUGGCCAUGCAGAACCUCCGCGGGAGUAUUCCUGGAAUCCCAAUCUCUGGAAUCAUGGCGGCUGGGUUCCCUCACGUUUUCCCUACGGCGGUUUCAGCCGGAGGUGGUGGAACAUCGGCGGAGGACGCCAAGAACGGCUUGAGUAUGUUGCCCAUGAUGCUGCACGGCAUCCCACCCCCCCACGGGGCCUUGUUUGGUGUGGGCGCCAUGAUGACGCACACGCCCCCUGCCCUCCACGCCAGCCACUCGCCCUCCUCCUCUUCCUCCUCUUCGCUGUUAGCCACAAAGGUAACCUCCACGAUUGCGCCUGUCACGUCAGAGGCGGGCGGCCUCACGUCCACUACGCCGUCGGAGGGCAGUGAGAAGAAGUGUCGCCGUGACGACAAAGCCGGGGAAGCCGAGACGGCGGCCGCUGUCGUCACCUCCACCAGCAGGGGGCAUCCCAGCGGCCAUCUUAGCUUCAACCCCUUCCUAAUCCCUGGCAUGUCUCACGGCCUCCUGUACCCCCACAUGUUCCUGCCCCACGGAGGCAUUGUGGCGCUUCCCGCCAUGCCUCCCGGCGCCACGGACACCUCCCCGGGAAGUCCCAAGAGGAGGCGCAAGAGAGACCGGGAGGAAGCGGUGCACCAGGAGGAGGAAGUGGAGGCGGUGGAAGAGCAGCCGACCAACCAGAGUGAAAGUACAAUCAAAGAGGAGGACCCUCCCCUCCCUGAGAACGGAGGGGCGGGGCCUACUGAGCCCCUUCAAGCAGACUGCCAUCAGCAUGCUGAGGAAGAAUAGGAAACAAGAAAGAGUGUACAGUUUGUCGUGUCCUUCAGUCCUUUUAUUAUGAUUAUUAUUAUUGAUAACGUCCUCACAUUUAUACACUAAGACCCCACCCACCAUCUCCCAUUACAAGAAGACUGACGGUCAAACAGGAGAGCUCUUUGUCUUUUUUUUUUUUUUGUGUGUGUGUGCAAUGCUCCAAAUUCCUCACAUGCAGUGCCCUCUGGCGGCCGUUGACUGAAAUCCAUUUUCUGGUCACAUGGCCAUGUGACACCACCUGCAGGAAACGUCAAACAACAAAAAAAAGCUGAUAACAAUCCUAACCUUUGCUCUAUUUUAGGCCUCUUCAUUUGUAGUUCUUAAUAAAAAGACACAACGUCACUUUGAGAAAGGCAAAGAACUGAGUGCGGCGUGCAGGGGGCAACGUUUUAAUUUGACAUGAUGCAGCAAACAUGGACAAUUAACUGUUGCAUUACCUCAUGUGUGUUCAGAAGGAACACUACCAGAGUGUGUCCCCUCCUUUGUGUCAACAGUCUACAUGUAGUGCUGUAUAUUGCUUUUUUACUUCAUUGGAUUCCUUUUUCAUUGGAUGAGGAAACUUGAUAUGUGUGUUCGUCAUAACAGGAAGUACUGUAAAAAAAAAUUUGCUGGUAAGCAAAACAGGGUCACUUUGUUUUUGGGUUUGUUUUCGUACAUGAAAACGUUUUUGCACAGCGUCUUUUUUUUGAAUGUCAACCACUCUGUGUUUGUAUGUGUGCGCGUGUAUAUGUGUCGUCCUUACAGGUCACUUUUUUCUUAGCUGUUGCCUUGUCACACUUUGUGGCUCCAUAUAAUUUAUUAUUGUUGGACUUUUCUUUUGCUUUGCCAAGCUUUUACCAAAUAUGUUUGUGUCAUAACGUAUUAAUCAGUCCAAAGCCUUAUUUGACUUUUGGUGUGUUUAGUUGUCAUUGGUCAAAGCACAAAGUGAAUCUUCUCAGUGCCUCGUAAAGCGGCUGAAUCUUGUCAGGCUGAAAUGACCAUCAUCCCCGUUCAACUAAAUAUAGUCUCCAGAAAGAGGCAAAAUAGCUCCUAGAAAUUUUGGAAUGAGUCGGCCCUGAGGACAGAUGUGACUUUAUCAACAGCGACCCUUGUUGUGCUCUGCCUAACAAUCAACAUUUGUGCUUUUAGAAGACUCUGUCUGAACUUGUUGAGCUUACCAUUGCUGCCAGUAGAAAGGAGCAACUUUAGUGCAUCAGAAACAUGGCUGACAACCAUAUUAGUAUUUUGUCUUCUGCAUCACUAGAUAGAAAGUGUUUGGGAAACGAGGUAGAAGGUGGUGUGCGUGUCCUGUGAUUUACGCAGAAGAGUAAAAGUACUUACAGAACAACCACUUGUUGAAGAGUAAUAGUUUCAUAAUUCUGAUAAAACUGCUUCAAAAUGGUUGACUAGCUCCCCCCAAUUCCUCAGAAGAUGUUGAUUGGCCGACAAUAGUGUCAGCUUGAGGUUUGAGGAGAUUUGUGACAAAAUAUCACUUAGUGUUAUGAUUUUCUCUUCUCGCAAAAGGAAAACUUUGUGCUUUGUGUCUGGCAAGAUAUGGUAUGACAUCACAACAUGGUGACGUCACAACAUGGUGACAUUAAUGUAGUGGCAUUGUGACGUUGUGAUGUCAGAAUGACACGGCAUAGUGACAUCGCCAUGGUAACAUACGGUUGGUGACAUCAUAGUGUGGUGACAUCCGAUUGGUGACAUAGUGUGGUCACAUCAGCAUGGUGACAGCUUGGUGACAUCAUAGUGUGGUGACAUCAGCAUGGUAACAUCAGGAUGUUGACAUAGUGUUGUAACAUCUUAGUGGGGUGACAUCAUAGCACGAUGACAUAGUAAGGCAAUAAAGAUCUUUUUAUUUUUUAUCUUCUUGUUUCCUGGCAACCAAUCAACAUAUUGCUGUGUGUCUAGUUCUGCCUCUUUGGCGACCCUACCACUGCACUUGGAACCCGAACAGCAGGUUGCCAAAAAAAUGCUAGAUCUGUCCGGCAAGAAAAUGUAGCAACAAAGUGGAGAAGAGCAAAGUUGUCGCUGACAGUCUCGUGCAGGGGUCCCCAGACUACAGAUCCGACCCGCCAGUGUCCACAAUUGGGGCUGCGAGACGUCCCAAGUUUAAAAAAAAAAGUCCUGUCCAGCCGCUCAGGCAAAUCAUAUUGUUGAUGUAGAGACCCAUAUCUGCUGUACAGAUUUACUUUUUAAAAGGGAAGUGUGGGAUAUUUUUGUUUGGAUAUACUGUGUGUGUGUGUGUGUGUGUGUGUGUGUGUGUGUGUGUGUGUGUGUGUGUGUGUGUGUGUGUGUGUGUGUGUGUGUAUAUAUAUAUAUAUAUAUAUAAAUAUAU